ACUGACGCACGAGCCUCGACAUACGUUGACGUCCCUGCCGCGCCAUCUUUAGAAACAGUGAACUCAACACUGAAUGAAACUUAAUUUUCGUCGUUUGUUGAGAACUGCCCGCUGUAUGGAGUGAUAUCCUUAUUUUUCCAGGUGUUCGAUCAGUUAGAGGUGAUCAUGGGAAUCAAGGCUCGGCGCCCCCGGUGCUUCCUUGACAUUGGAAUCAGUAAUGUGCUCGUCGGCAGAAUCGUGGUGGAGUUGUUUUCAGACAUCUGUCCCAAAACAUGUGAAAACUUCAGAUGUCUCUGCACAGGUGAGAAAGGCAUCGGAAAGGGAACUCAGAAACCCCUGCACUACAAAGGAUGUCUGUUCCAUCGAAUUGUAAAAGACUUCAUGAUUCAAGGAGGAGACUUCAGUGAAGGGAACGGAAGAGGAGGCGAGUCCAUCUAUGGAGGCUUUUUUGAAGAUGAAAGCUUUGCUGUUAAACACAACAAGGAGUACCUGCUGUCUAUGGCCAACAGGGGCAAAGAUACAAAUGGGUCACAGUUUUUCAUAACAACAAAACCCUCACCUCAUCUGGAUGGUGUCCAUGUGGUUUUUGGUCAUGUGAUCUCUGGCCAAGAGGUUGUUCAAACUAUGGAGAGCCAGAAAACGGAUCCUAACAGCAGACCAUAUGCCGAUGUUAAAGUUUUGAAUUGUGGAGAGCUCAUCCCUAAAUCUAAAGCGAAGAAGGAUGAAAAAAAGAGAGAGCGAGCCUCCUCCAGUUCCAGCAGUAGCUCCAGCGACUCUGAAAGCUCCUCAGAUUCCUCCUCUGAGUCUGAAGAAUCUGAGAAAGAAUCCAAGAAGCGGAAGAAGAAGGAAAAAAAGCUAAAAAAGAAACAGAGGAAGAAGGACAAGAAAAGGUCGGAGGCUGAAAGUGCUGAAGAGAAGGAACAAGAGGAGUUGGUUACAUCUACUGUACGUCCUGAAGAAAUUCCGCCCAUCCCAGAGAACCGAUUCCUCAUGAGGAGAAGUCCCCAGCAGGCAGUCCAGAAGUCAAAAGAGGAGCCUGAAAAGGAUCAGAGAAAUAAAGAGGAAAGGCCAAGAGAGAGUUCUGGCAUAACAUAUAAUUCUCAGUCAGCAUAUCACAGAAGACUGGUGAUGACACGAUCGGGCAGGAAGAUAAAAGGCAGAGGUCCAAGGAGAUACCGGACUCCAUCACGCUCUCGCUCAAGGUCCAGAGACCGAUUUCGGCGUAGUGAAACUCCUCCACACUGGCGUCAGGAGCUGCAGCGGCAGAGGAUGAGGGCAGUCACAGGAGAGCGCUGGAUUAAGGGUGACAGAGGAGACAUGAAUGAAGCCAAGGAUGAGGCUGCUAAAGUUCCAAGAAGAGAGAGACGGGCCUCCAGCACAAAGCAUGAAAAAACAGCUGAGGGUAAAAAAGACAAGAAAUCUCGGUCACAUAGAUCCAAAAGCAAAGAAGAGGACGCUGUAGAGAAGGAUGAGAAGCAUAGCAAACACAAGGCAAAGAAACGAGAUAAGUCUCAAAGUCGCAGUAAAAGCAGAGAAAAGAGUAGAAGGUCAAAAAGCAGAGAAAAGAGUCAUAAACACAAAAGUGAUGACAGGAGAGGUCGGUCUAGGAGCAAAGACCGAAACGCUAAUAAGAAAGAAAAGGAAUCAGAAUCUGAUCACAGUAAAGAUAAAAAUAAAGGCCAAGAGUCUGAGAAAAAGCAUAAAGAGGACGCAAAAGGAAGAAAUGGCGAGAGAACUAGGACAAAGUCUAAAAGCAAGGAAAGAACAACUUCAAAAGAUGGCCGCAGAUCAAGUAGCAGGAACAGGGAUAGAGGUGGAAAUGCAGCAUCGAAAGACAAAGAAGAAAAACGAGAGAAAGACAGAGAGAGGGGCAGGGAAUGUAGCAGGAGUCAGGACAGACGACGCAACAGUGACAGGGAGAAUAAGAGGCAAGGAACAUCCAGGGACAAGGAACAUCGAACAAGAAGUCCAGACAGAAAUAAGACUAGAGACUCGCACAGAAGCAGGCGCUCCAGAAGUAAGAGUAAUAAGAGAGACCACAGCAAAGAUCGAUCAUCUCAUAGAAAAGACAAAGACAGAGAAGCUGCCAACCAAAGGAGGAGACGUAGCAGCAGUUCUGAGAGCGAUAGAAAUGAGAAAAGGAAGAGUCAAAAGAGCCCAGAUUCCAAAAGAAGAGCAAAAAGUACCUCUAAAUCCAAAGACAGAAAAAGUCCAGCCAGAUCGAGACCAGAUAGCACAAAAGGCAAAGACAGAAACGACAGCAAGAGGAAUAAAUCCAGCUCUAGCUCUAGCUCUGACAGUGACUGAGCCUGUGAUGGUUUUUCCCUAUUUUAUACCCACAUCACACCGAAUAUGCAGCCACAGCUUCCUGUCCACAGUGAGACAUAGUUACAUUCCUCAUUCAGUGUGAUAACUGUGAUAACACCAAUGAGAAAUUACAGCACAGUAUAACGGUGAACGAGAGGGAGAGAGGUUAAUAGAGAAGAGCAGCAAAGAAAAGAACUCUAAACAUUUCAUUUAAUUUCUCAAACGUAAUUACAAACUCUCUAGCAUCAUGUGAACUUUGGCUGAACUGUGGACUGUGUUUUGGUACUGAAUGGGGACUGUGGAUUUGUUCCCCAUUAACUAUGUAACACUGUUGAUGGGUAGCUGAAGCUGUGAUUAGAGAAAAAGAUUUGUGACUGACAAAGAAAUUCACCCACUGCAUUAACAGUGAGUAUAAAAUAAAAGUACCAGGUUUUCUUUUAAUUGAGCAGAGUGACCAGAGGAAGUCAAUUUGAGGGCAGGGUUGUUUUUUUUCCUCCAAUUUCUGACUGUUUGUACAAAAAACAAAAACAACUUUAAGAUUUUACUGCAACAGAUCCUCUCCUUUUAAAAGUCUUUUCCCCUGAGGACAUUUUCUACUGAAAUUUGUUUUAAUAUUAUUUAACACAGUUGGUUUUGGUGACGAGGAGCGUAUCUAAGUUUGGCAAAACUCUGGUGUUUACUUGUCAAGUUAUUUUUCCUACAGCAAUCAAUCUGGAGGAGAUUCCUCAUAAUUUUUUGCAUGUAUGCUUAUCCCUGUCAAUGUUAGAUGAAAUAUGUACAUCCAUGACUUUUUUUUUUUUGGUACAUCCACAACCUUACUGUAAUCCUGUUUGUUAAUGAGGUUUUGAGAUACCUCUGGAUUUUUUUUUUUUUUUCUUGAAAGAAGUGUGAUGUCAUGCUGUAAGUACAACAUAAAUCAGUUUGUAUAAACUGCGUUUUGUGCAAGUUGGUUUUAAGAAGAUCUCAAUUCAAGUGUAGAAUGAAUUAAAAUGCUCAAUUUGGAUUUUAA